AUGAGUUCUUGGGAUCAAGCAACAAUUAAUUUAAAUACUAGAAGCAAAGGAUGUUACCUUGUUACAGAAGAAAUCAUCAGUAAAUUACCUCAAAUAAAAAAUUAUGAAAUAGGAUCUUUAAAUUUAUUUUUAAAACAUACAUCAGCAGGUAUUACAUUAAAUGAAAAUUUCGAUGAUGAUGUUCAAACAGAUAUGGAAUCUAUUUUAGAUAGAAUAGUACCACAAAGGAAAGAUUAUUUACAUUCUUCAGAAGGUGAUUAUGAUAUGCCUUCUCAUGCUUUUAGUUCAAUUAUUGGAGUUAGUUUGAAUAUACCAAUAACUAAUGGAAGAUUAGCUUUAGGUACUUGGCAAGGGAUUUGGUUAGUUGAAGGUAGAAUAGAAAAGCAUAAUAGAAAAAUUGUUGCAACAAUAAAUGGACAAAAGAAAUGA